AUGUCGCGCUCACCCAAGCCUCAAAGCACGCCAGGCAUCACCUCCACUGCUGUGGGCACCAGCUGCGGCUUCCGCGCGAUGAGUGGCACCUCCCAGAGCUGUGGCCUGGCGGCGGGCGCUGCUGCACUGGUACGCGAAUAUCUCACAGACUGGGGAGAUCGGUCUGAAGCGCGCCUCAGUGAGACGUGGGCCUCCACGAUCAAGGCCAUGCUGGUGACGGCCGCAGAACUGGACCCGAGAUCGAUCUCCUCCUCUUCAUCGGUGCGUUUGCCAGAUGUGGGAUUUGGGCUUCCCACCUUGCACUCAUUGCUUCCGAUCCCAGCAGGGCCUGGCCUGGUGGUGAUUCAAUCUUGGGCGGGCAGUGAUCAAGCCCAACGCUUUUGCUUGGAGAUGAGCCUCCAAUUUGUCUUCCAAGCGAACAUGUCUUCCAAUUUGUUGGGAUGA